AUGCUACCUGCCUCCAUCCAGCUGGUACACCCAGCCUCCAUGCUACCUUCCUCCACCCAGCUGGUACACCCAGCCUCCAUGCUACCUUCCUCCACCCAGCUGGUACACCCAGCCUCCAUGCUACCUGCCUCCACCCAGCUGGUACACCCAGCCUCCAUGCUACCUGCCUCCACCCAGAUGCCUCCGUGCUACCUGCCUCCCCCCAACUGGUGCACCCAGCCUCCGUGCUACCUGCCUCCCCCCAACUGGUGCACCCAGCCUCCGUGCUACCUGCCUCCCCCAGCUGAUACCAGUUACCAUGUUGCCGACAGUUACCAUGUUGCCGACAGUUACCGUGUUGCCGACAGUUACCGUGUUGCCAACAGUUACCGUGUUGCCAACAGUUACCAUGCUGCCGACAGACUGCCCAGAGGAUCUCGGGACUUCAGAGAGGAGCAGUGUUCUCAGUUUGAUGGAUCUGACUUCCAGGGAAAACGAUACAAAUGGCUCCCAUACUAUGGAGCUGACAACCUGUGUGAGCUGAACUGUAUGCCCAGAGGAGAGAACUUCUUCUACCGCCACAGGACAGCUGUGGCCGACGGCACGCCCUGCCAUCCCGGGAGGAAGGAUGUCUGUGUUGAUGGAGUCUGUAAGCGUCUGGGCUGUGACAACAUGCUGGAAUCCCCCCAGCAGGAUGACCCCUGUCUGCAGUGUGGGGGCAACGGACAGUCCUGCUACCCCGUCAGGAGCACCUUCAGCAUGACCAACCUGCCCAAAGGCUAUAACCAGGUGUUUAUCAUCCCUGUGGGAGCCACCUCCAUCCACAUCAGAGAGACUGUUGCGACUCGUAAUUACCUGGCCGUUAAGAACCUGCGUGGUGAGUACUACCUGAACGGCCACUGGGUGAUUGAGUUCUCCAAGGCCACUCCUGUAGCAGGCACCAUGCUAUACUACCAGAGAGGGGCGGAGGGAGAGAUGACUCCUGAGACCAUCAUGGGCCGCGGACCCACCACCGAGCCGCUGGUUAUAGAGUUGAUCAUCCAGGAACAUAACCAGGGAGUAGAGUACGAGUACUACCUCCCUAACGGUCGGUCCAGAGAGGGAUACUACUGGAGCUUCGGCUCAUGGUCUACCUGCAGCAGAGAGUGUGGAUCAGGCUACCAGUCCCGUCUGGUGUUCUGUGCCAUCGAUAACGAGGCCUACCCAGACUACCUGUGCACCGCCCUGCCACGCCCCCUCACCAACCGCACCUGCAACCCUCAGACGUGCCCUCAGACCCGUCGGAUGGCGUACCUGUAUCAGCCAAAUGCGUGGACGCCCUCUGAAAGCCCCAGAACAUAUGUGUACAGGUAA